AUGUCGGAUCCGCUCUCCAUCGCUGGAACGGCCGUUGGUAUCACAUCACUUGGCAUACAAGUCUGCCAAGGCCUUAUCAAGUACCUACGAGCCGUAAGAGGCCGAAAGGAAGAGAUGAGAGAUGGUGUCCGCGAAGUUGAGCAAGUUGUGUCACUUCUUUACAGCCUGAACAACACGCUAUCCAAUGUCAGCCUUAGGAAUGGGACAUAUUCUCUUCGAACGUGCAUCCAAAACUGUUAUACGAAGCUUGAAGAACUUCAAAAGCUUCUGGACGAGCUAUGUAAGACUCAGUCAUCGAACAAAGCCAUGAAAAAAGCAGCCGAGGUCAGACGCGCUGUUUCGUAUCCUUUUCAACAAGAGAAGCUGAGUGCGAUCCGGGAAUCCUUACGAUCUGUUCUUGGGGAUCUUGAUUUAAUCGUUUCAGUCACAUCACUGGAUUCUAACGCUAUUGUCAACGACACUGUGAACGAUAUAUCACAGAACCUCAAAGAUCACAUCAAGACUCACAAUGAUAAUUCAGCAGAUCUACAAACUCAGAUGUACCGUAACUCUAUUGAGCUUCAGUCUCUGCAAAUAGCCGUAUCAGAAACACUCAGCAACAUACAGGAGCAGCUCCUCCAGACAAAGUUAUCUAUCCACGAUCUGGGUCAACAGAUUGAUGGGAAGCUGACCAUUGUCGAGGCUGGCUUUGGAGUUUCAAUCGGCCUUAAUAUCAAGCAUGGGUUUGCAAAUCAAUAG